GAUAACGCGAUGCAUAUUUAUAAAAGCCGGUCCGCCCGAAAUUCAGUCAAUCACGUAUUUAAACGGAUCAGAGAAGUGUUGACAAAACGAACGAUACGCGUUCUCUUUUCUUCAACUGGUUUGAGUAGACAAUAGGUGAUGAAGGGGAUAUACGUAAUCACCGUCGCCUUUUUGGUAUCUUGGAGCGUGUGCACUGCACACAAAAGUCAACAAUUUAUUCAGGAGACAGGACCCCUCGACAAUAUUGUUCGAGAAUGCCCGACUAAAGAUCCAGUAAAUACUACGAUCCAUCUCGCGCAUGAAAAUGAUUGCACCAAGUUUUACAAAUGCUUCGCGGGUAGAAGAACCGAAGAGUUAUGUCCCUUAAUGUGGAAAGACGAUCCAUAUAAAAGGCUGCACUUCAACAGAGCUCUUCAAGUCUGCGAUUGGCCGUGGCAAGCCGGUUGUGAAAGCUGUCUUGAACCAGAUAAAAAUGGCUACUAUCCGCCAGAUUUUUGGAUAGCAGCUCCAAAUAAUGGAGAUUGCAGAAGGUAUAUCAUAUGCAGGAGCGACGGUGGGCAACAAUCAGGUAUUUGUCCAAGCGAUCAGUGCUUUAGUCGCACAUGUCAGGCAUGUGUUAGGUAUCCAGAAGGUGGAAGCUGCAGUGGGAAUAUAACACCAACGUCGACACCGACACAAACACCAAAGCCGACACCGACACUACGCCCCAUUUGUGAAAAUAACAAGCGAAGAAAGCACGAAUGCGACUGUUCCAAAUAUUAUCAAUGUGAAAAUAAUGAAGAGUACGUUCAUCAAUGCGAAAACGGUCAACAUUUCAGUCCCAGAGGGGAGGAAUGCAAGCCAGCAGACGAAGCAGGGUGCUCACUACCGAAAUUAAUACCGAAGAUUAAUAUCAAGAAGAAUUAAAAAACCCGAUGAUUUUCGGCGAAGUCUAUUUCCAAGAAUAACUGAUGUCACGCGAGUGCAAACGUAAGUUAGUUUACAAGCAUGAAUAUGAAAGUAAUAGCCAUUGCUUUUGGAAAUUAUCCUUCGAUGAGAAUAAAUAGAAAUGACCGCUCGGAAAAUGUAAAAUGCAAAAAUAUCACAGUGAUGAUUAGACAUAGACCACCAUCAAUCUCGGAGCAUACAAAGUUGAAAGUAGUGACAAGUACGAAGAGCAAAAUUACACACGUGUUUGCUAAAAUUAUAUUAUUAUAUCUGUAAGAAGUAGAAUAGUUUCCUAAAAUAUUUUAAUAAAUCUAUUAAUGUAAGAU